AUGUGGCUCGCCGUUCUCCUAGUUUUCCCUCUCCUGGUCUCAGGGCACAUGAUCGAGGUGUCUGCCGGCAAGAAGGAGUGUUUCUUCGAGGACCUCCAUGUCAACGACAAAAUGACAGUGACCUACCAAGUGGGCGGUGGAGGGCACUUGGACAUCGACUUCUGGCUCGCGGACCCGGGCAACACCGCGCUCGCAAAGCACAUCAAGCAGUCCCAAGGCACCGCCGCGAUCACCGCCAAAAAGGACGGCCGCUACGAGUACUGCUUCUCGAACCACAUGUCGACGGUCAUCGACAAGAUGGUCAGCUUCAACGUGCACGGAGUCAUCUAUGUCGACGACGAAGACAUCGUCUCGCCCAUCGAACGCGAGAUCCGCACGCUCUCUCACGGCCUGGCGUCCGUCAAGGACGAGCAGGAGUACAUCGUGGUCCGCGAACGGACGCACCGCAACACCGCCGAGUCCUCGAACGACCGCGUGAAGUGGUGGUCCAUUCUGCAGGUGCUGGUGCUGUUCGCCGUGGUGGCCUGGCAGGUGUACUAUCUCAAGUCCUUCUUCGAGGUCAAACGGGCGUUCUAG